GAAAAUCAACCUUCAGAAACGGCGCGCCCAAUAGUUUUCUACGCGUAAGGCUUUGGUGUGAGAACAAAGAAUUCACGGAGAAGACUUCUAAAUCUUGAUGGAGAGGUUUAUUCAAAGCAAAAUUUAUUUUGGUCUUUAUGUAGUGAUAUGUCACGAUUCGUAAAGUAGACGAGUAAUUAAAUGGGGAUCUUGACAAAAAUUAGUGUUUAUGAAUGUCUCUUUCUACUUGGCAUAUAUUCAUUUGGUCUUUUUAUAUUUAUGAGUGGUCUACUGCCGAAUGAUCCAGCUACAAAAGUUGACAAAAUUGGAGAUGUAGAAGAAACAUAUAAGAUUGAUAAAUUUGUCAUGGUCAUAGUUGACGCAUUAAGAGUAGACUUUUUGUUUUCACCAAAGUACUCAGAAAAUUGGGUCAAACUUCGUUCGUAUAUGAAUCUCAAGUCGGCCACAUGUUCUGCUUCAAUUGUUCAACCCCCUACUGUGACACUACCGCGAAUAAAGGCAAUCGUCUCAGGGAGAAAUCCGAAGUUUGUUGAUAUUUUGCACAACAUAAAUGCAGAAACUAUGGUUGAUGAUAAUUGGGUAACUCGUUUGGUAAAUCAUAAGUGGAAAAUUCAAUUUUAUGGGGAUGAUACUUGGAUAAAGCUCUUUCCUAAAAGCUUUCAGGCCUAUGAAGGCACAAAUUCAUUCUAUGUUAAUGACUUCUAUGAAGUAGAUGAAAAUGUAACACGUUAUAUCUCGACAUUGAUGACCUCACCUGAUACAUGGGAUGGUCUUAUUUUGCAUUAUUUGGGGUUGGAUCAUAUUGGACAUAUUGAAGGACUUAAGGGAUCUAGCAUCCCUAAAAAAAUUCGUGAAAUGGAUGAAGUUAUUCACAACAUACUUGAAGUAUUGAUGAACUCUUCAUCAAUUAUCAAUAAAAAUUGGUUAUUUAUUUUAACAGGCGAUCAUGGAAUGAGUGAUAAAGGCAGUCAUGGAGGCUCUACAACUGGUGAAAAAACAACUGGCCUUUUUAUGCUUGGAUCUAACUGGAAUAAAACCAAUGAUCAUUUAACUGAGAACACAUGUGUAACAACAAAUCUAAAACAGUUGCCACAAACACAACAAGUUGAUUUGGCCACAAUAAUCGGAUUAAUUACAGGAGUUGGUAUACCAGAGAGAAGUUUAGGCAUUUUAUCAUCUUCGUGGUUGUAUAAUUUCUGGUCAACAAAUUAUGAUCGAUUAAAAGUGCUAUAUAUGUUAAUGCAACAUAUUGGUCGUUUAUCUGGUGAAUGUGUAUUUUCAUUGAAGUCAUAUCAUAAAUUUGAGCAUAAAAAUUGUAUGUCAAAUGUAUGGAGUCAAGAACGAACUACGGAAUAUAACAUUUUGCUAAAUGAAAUUAUCACUUGGUUACAUUGUCAAAACACUCAAGGAAAUUCAACUAAUGAAUUCAAGCAAAUUGAUUGUGUAAAAUCAGGUUCUCGUUUAAAAGGCGAAGAAUUAAUUACUAACACAGUUAACCUACUUACCGGUAUACAAUCAGAAUCUUUGUCAAAAGUUGAACAUUUAAAUAAUGAAAAAAUGAUAUUUGGCGGUAUUUUAAUGUGGAUUGUUACCUUAUUGCUGUUUCACAAGAUUCUCAAUUCAGUUAUUUACUCUUCCGAUACCAAAAAUUCUUUGACAAACAGAAAAAAUCAAAAAACAAUAAUUCAGUAUUAUUAUUCGGAUACAGCUGAUUUGAGUUAUUCAUUUGAUCCAUUAUUAGUUCAAAUUAUCUGUUGGUUCGGUACAAUUUGCCUAGUUCUACAUUCCAUCAGUUUAGCAUCAAGUAGUUGGGCUGAAGAAGAACAUCAAUUAUGGUAUUAUUUUAGUUCAAGUCUUAUAUUACUGACUAGUUUAUUGAUUCUACUUGGCAACGUUAGUUCAAGUGUGAAAUGGGUCAUUUUAAAAAGUAUUUUUAAAAUACUUGUAUUAGAUCGCUUCCUAUUGCGUAGACUACAUCAAACUGGUAAUAAAUGGAUACAUUCACCGGAUAUAUCUGACUGGCUGUACAAACCUGAACACGUUGCAGUGUUAUGGACUUGUUUAUUGUUUUGGUGGAUUGUAUUUCUAGUAUUUCGUUUCAAAGCAAUUAUUCAUCUGCGUCCUAAUUGUUCAUUAUGGGAAAAAUGUCAAUAUUAUGCCCCAAUGAUCAGUGGAGCUUUCAUAGUUUUCAACCAAUUAUUAUAUAGAGCAGCAGUAUCAGAUUACGAACAUGAAGAUGCUAUACAAUCAGCUCGAAUUGUUUACUUGUUAUGCUUAAUAGAUGCAUUUUUUUUGUAUAAAUCAAGAAGUAUACGUUUAAAUAAAAAUGCUAAUCGUUUAUUUGGUCAAACAUCAGCGAAUUCAUCAAAAACAUUUUGGGAUUCAAUUGUUCAUCCGUUAUGUACAUUAAAUAUACUCGUGUGUUUACUCGGUAAACCUGUGAUUACAAUUCUAUGGCUUAGUAUAUGGAUUAAAGAAGCGUUAACAUCCGAAAUGAUACAAGUAAUAUUUCAUUAUUCGGGUAUUCAUUCAUCGCAUAAUACAUUUCGUUAUAUUUUGCCAUUCUGUUCAUGGCUUAUCUACUGGACUCAAGGUUGGGUGAGCUUUUUUCAACAAGGGAAUUCCUUGAGCUUUUCUACCAUUGAUCUAUCUGCAGCGUAUGUUGGUCUUCGAUAUCAUCAACCAAUAAUAGCCGGUCUACUUUUAGCCUUUUACACUUACUCUGGACCAUUAAUAUGGCAAUUAGCCUAUUUUUGUCGAUUUGUUUUAUCCAGAUAUAAACAUUUUGGUGAAAAGUUUAAUUGUCUUGUAUUAGGUUUUAUUGUAUUACCUAUUACAUUAUGUGGCACAUUUUGUUUCUUUCUACAAUCACAUUUAUUUAUUUGGACAGUUUUUGCACCGAAGAUGUUGUAUUCUGCUGUAUUAUAUUUAACUAUGGUUCCUGUUUUAUGUAUUUGGUCUGUGAUAACCCCAUAAAUGUAAUUGUAAGCAAAUAUUUAUGAAUAUAUGUGGUUUUAUAUCAUGUCUUAAAUGUUCUAGUGUUUUCUGUUUUAUGCUUCUCAUUUCUAAUCUCUUUUGAUGCUGAACUCUGUCGUUUUAGAUUUAGAAAAAAGAUGUAAGUUAGUUUAAAGUGAUAACCACAGCAAUAAGAUUCAGGAAGUCGCUCGUAACAUGUCUUUAAUUUUAAAAAGUUUGCACAGUUUUUUUUGGUCUUUUUUUUUUAAAUUUAUUUUUAAAAAAAAUUUCUUUUUGUAUUUUCUACUGCCUAUUUGUUCGUUUUUUUUCAGUAAGUAACUUGUUGAAAUACCCUGUGCUGAGAAUUCUAUAUUGUACCAAAAUAUAAUAUUGAAUAAAGCCAUUAAUAAUA